AUGGCUCUCCAAUUCAAGCAUUUCGCGAAAGCUCAAAAAGAGUUCAAGCCCCCUCUGAUCGCCAACGAGAACGCAUAUCUAGGCGAUGUCGUCAGCAGCACCGAUAGCGAAAAGCCCAUCAGCUGUGGUUUCUACAGACUCGAGAAGGGCACCCCGCUUGUCUACACCUAUACCUACCACGAGACCAAGAUCAUCGUCGAGGGUGAAUUCGAUAUCAGCGACGAGUCGGGCCAGAAAGUCCAUGCCACUGCCGGAGAUGUUUUCUACUUUCCCAAGGGUAGCGUCAUCACUUUUACGACCGACUCCUAUGGUCUGGCCUUUUACACCGGCCAGAGAGCUCAGGGCGCUGCCUAA